UCUUCUGUGCCCACGGCUAUGAUAAAUUUUCAUGAAAUGGAAGCAUGGAAUUUGAGACAUGAAAUUUGAAAUUAAGCGUUGAAUAUUCAUGGAUUUAGUGUCUUUGGUUUGCAAUCAAUUUGAUAUUUCAAGAUAUUUUUCCAACUGUGGAACUGGCAUCAGUCGUUUAAAAACAUAUUUUGGUUACUUUUCUUUUGAACGUUUUAUAGUAAAGAGCGUCAAGAAUUUUAGUUUUUGAAAUAUGAGCGUCCAUGACAUAAUUUGGCCAAAAGUUGUAUUAUUUGGAGACUCCUUAACUCAGGAAGCAUAUUUCAAAAAACUGAAAGUAAGGAUGACUCCACAGCCCUGUAAUUAGCAGAAGACUGGUGAAAAUUUUGCUGCCGUUUUUAAUGGCAGCAACUAUACUAACAUUUCUUUCUCUCAAGCGUUCCUUUGAACCUCGUAAUGGCUUGUGGGGUGCCUUAUUGGCUGACAGGCUUCAGAGGGUCUGUGAUGUUAUUGGACGAGGUUUCUCUGGUUAUACAAGCAGAACAUGUAACAUUAUUCUUCCUCGGCUGUUUUCUGCUGAAAAUAUUUCAGAUAUUGAAGCAUUUGUAAUAUGUCUUGGUGCCAAUGAUUCAUCUGAUAAAGACUCAGAUACUAACCAGCAUGUGCCCAUACAUGAGUAUUCAAAGAAUUUAGAAGAUAUAGUCAAUUAUCUUCAGCUUAUAGGAUUAUGUAAAAAGAAGAUUGUAUUAAUGACACCACCACCGUAUUAUCAUGAAAAGUAUGCAGCAUAUUGUGCAGAAGUUGGUAGAAGUUUACCAUUAAGAGAUAACCGAACAGUUUCAGAAUAUGCAGAAGCUUGCUUUAAAGUUGGACAGAAGUGUGAAGUAGAUGUAGUUAAUCUAUAUCAAGAAAUGAUCAAAGAUGAGAAUUGGCCUCGAUACCUCAUUGAUGGACUUCAUUUUUCUCAUGCUGGUUCAGUUCUAGUUUACGCUCUAUUAUGGCCACAUAUUGCUAAAAGAGUGCAAGUAAAUAAGAUGAUACUGCCAUCAUGGAAUGAAAUAGACCUUCUCCAUCCAGAAAAAGAUCUUAAAAAGCAUUAAAUAUUUAUCACUUUUUUAUGAAAAACUGAGCUAAAAUUUUUAUCAUGUUGAAAAUGUAUAUGUGUUUGAUUGUGAUUAAAAACAAAGUGACUAAAUAUUUGUUUAUUUAAAACUCAUUUAAGCUGUACAUAUGUAAAAUAGAAAUUAACAGUUGAAAAUAAAACAGUACACAUAUUGACUAGCCUAUAUUUCACGGGAUUGCAUUUUAAGCAAUAUACAAAAACAUAGCAUAUUAAUUGUUGAAUGCCUAUUUUAUAUAGUUUUUCUGUAAAGUCUUCAAACAAAAGUGUAGCAUAAAAACAAUAUGCAAUUUUUUAUAGACUUUAGUUUCAGUUCAUGUUUGUAUGAAUAAAGAGAUAAAAUUAAACACCACAAAUAUUAAAUGCAAAAAUAAACUUACAAAAGAGAUUGACUAAUGUACAGUACGGUUUGUAACACAAAAUUGAUUUUAAAUUUUAGCUUUUAGCAAAAAAAAAAAAAAAAAAAAAAAAAAA